CAAACGAUCAUGUUAUGUCACUGAUAUAUUUGUGUGAUUCUGACACGAUAUCUAACACAUUUACUGUUUCAUAUUUUAUCUGUAAGGUGUAUUAAUGUUAACAGAUGAAUAGCGACUCUUUUUAAUCAAAUGAAGCGUAUUUUAAAGUGAAGUCUGGCCGGAAUGUUUUUAACGUGACACAAGCUACAUAAGGGUGAAAGUUGAAGGGGAACAUGGCAGCAGGCAUCAGUGCUAAACAUGGAUUACUGAGCAGUAAAACGUCGCUGUAUCACACUCUUCACAGACAGAUCUUACCCAGCAUCUGUGUCCAGAGAGCGGCUGAGAUCCAGAGUGUGAGAGCGGCAACCAGCGCGACAACAGACUCACAGUUCAAUGAGAAGUACUGUCUGGAGCUGGUCAGGUCCAGAGACUAUGACGGCUUUGUGUCCUCCCUCCUUCUCCCAGAGGAGGCACGGCGCUCCUCUUUGGCUCUGAGAGCCUUUAAUGUGGAGCUGGCACAGGUGAAGGACGCCGUUUCCCAGAAGACCAUUGGCUUGAUGCGAAUGCAGUUCUGGAAGACGGCCAUAGAAGAAAUCUACAGAGACGAGCCUCCGAACCAGCCGGUCAGCGCCGAGCUGUGGAGGGCGGUGAGGAAACAUUGCCUGACCAAGAGAUGGCUGCUGAGGAUCAUAACAGAGAGAGAGAAGGAUCUGGAUGACAGAGCCUACAGAAACCUGCAGGAGCUGGAGAAGUAUUCAGAGAACACACAGUCCUCUUUAAUAUACCUGCUGCUGGAGUGUUUAGGGUUGAAAAACGUCCAUGCAGACCACGCAGCGAGUCACAUCGGUAAAGCUCAGGGAAUCGUGACGUGUCUGAGAGCGACUCCUUAUCACAGCAGCCGACGGAAAGUCUACCUGCCCAUGGACAUCUGCAUGCUGCACGGAGCUUCUCAGGAGGACUUCAUCCGCGGCAGCCGGGAGCAGAACGUCCGGGAUGUGGUGUACGACAUCGCCAGUCAGGCUCAUGUACAUCUACAACACGCACGAUCUUUUAGCAGUGACGUCCCAGCACCUGCCAGCCUGGCCUUCCUUCAGACGGUGGUGUUGGAGGACUACCUGCAGCGAGUGAGGAGGGCAGACUUUGAUGUUUUCCACCCCAGCCUGAAGAACAGAAACCCGCUGCUCCCCCUCCAGCUGUACUUUCGCUCCUGGAAGAAGACCUACUGACAUCAAUCCUCCUCCUCCUCCUAAUCUUUCUCCCCCUGCAGUGAUCCCAGCUGAUUCACUGCCUCUGAAGUCUGCAGGACUGAAGCCCAGAGGACAUCACCUCUCUGGGGGAUUGUGCUUGAAGCACACAUUGCCUCAGGUCCACACAGAAUCCCGGACUUGUUUUAAACCACUGAAGUUUGUCUCCUUAAUAAAAACCACAGAUCACAGCAGAGACACCGACCGCUGAUUCUCAACCUCUGGCUCACACACCAGCUCUGAUCCUUAAAAUAUUCAGGCUCAGUGUUUGAGCCCAGGGAGUUCCCUGGAGAUGAGUGUCACCACCAGAAUUAAAGCAUUUAGUAUUUUAUUCCUGAACGUAGAGGUGUUAAACUGUGACCACAUGUUUUAUGUGAGCUUAAAGGGUAAUUCCAGUUUGUUAUAACUUGUUUUUGUAGUUUGAGCCAAUCAUUUUCAUUAAUAACAAAAGCGCUGACGUCUUCUGGUUCGCUGGUCGACUGGUCGGACAGAAGACGUUCAACGUUGGAUUUAUGAUCACAGAUUUAUUUUACAAAGUCCCCAAAAAGUUGGAUCACAAAGCUUCUGAAAGGAAUGUGAGCUUCUGGGAGAAACACUGUAAGUCUCCUACAUGCGUUCCACGAUAGUUAACAUUAGUAAAGUUAUGAUGACACUGUCGACCUCAGAGUUAACGUCUAUAGGCUGCAGUAUGUCAGAUUUUUCUCAUCAGAAAAGGUGAGACAGACUCACAUGUAGCUCUGCUUCAGUGAUACAGUACACAGUUUAUUAUAAAGCCCUUAAAGAUUCGCGUUGAGACAAAACCGCUUUACAUUGUUGCAGAGAAUCGAUUGGUUAGAGAGUAGGUAGAAUUUCAGCCGAGCAAGAUUUUCUUUAUUUGACUGCAGCCCUAAACAAUAAUAAUAUCAUCUAAAUUAAUGACUGAGAUCUGGAAAUACGGUGACAUCAGUACGAAGAAGUCUAAGGUCGAGGAACAGGAGCAGUCAGACGAUCAGACGGGUUUUAAACAAACCAAGAAAAAUGUCAGACGAAGGUGAACAGGAUGACGACAACUGUCCGACUGAAAACAUCCAUUACAGCUUACAGACCAAGUACACGAGGAAGAGACGUUUAUCUUUGUCACGUUACAUCACAAGCUUGUGGUUUGACCAAAAUGUUUAAUACUUCUAUUUUAAAGAUCGUUUUUACAGAGUGAUUUCCUGUUGUUUUUUCACAGUAAAGGCCCCCACUGAAAACACAAUGAAACACAUGCAGGAAGUUUGGGCUGCACUGGGGUUGCAAAUUGCAAACACUUUGCUUAAUCGAUACCAAACAAUACCAUUUUGUGUCCUCAAUCAAAGCUCACAGCAACAUAUUGCACAUUAUCUGUAGAGUUCUCAACGGGCUGAAAAAUUACAGCCCAUACUGAACCAACCCGACCCACGUGAGCUCACUCCACUGCUCUGUGAAACUAUCAGGGAGCUCAGUGUUUUCCUGUUACAGUGAGGGGUUCAAAAACAUUUAAGGUGUUCAACUCUCAGUUUGACCUCCAAAUAAAGUGGUUUAAACCCUUAUUGAUCCCCACAGCGUGAGCUCAGGUGUUUCAACGGCACAAAGACAGAAAUAAGUACAUACAGAGGAGAAGUGAAAAUAAAUAAGAUAAAUAAUAAGAGGUAUAUACAACUAGAAUAGGAGUAUGUAAUGCCCCACCCUUGGGCAAACCUGUGGGGUGAACAAAACUCCACCACUGACCCAAAAUAACAACAUAAGACACCUUUUAAAAUGAUCAAACCCAUGGAAUGUAUUAACAAAAGUCAUGCAAACAAGACUCUUAAAUCCCAGGCUGAGGCAGCAGGACCAAUAGUCCACACACCACAGGCUGCUGACACAGGAGCUCUUAAGCACCUCUCUCCCCAGCCAGGUGCAAUCCAUCCCAUAAAAAUGGGAAGAGCCAUUAAAGACGAAGUUCGGAAGUGAAGCAAAAAUAAAAUCAUACUUCAAACUUAAAGAAAGAAACAAAAAGCGCUGGAGAGCCCAGCCCAGAGAAACAAAAGAUAGGGAAGUCACUUGGAGCUCAUCACCUGAAACUGAAACUAAACAAAAUCAGAGAACUGGGCCCUAUUUCAGAGAGCAGGCUCAACAAAAACUGAGCCCAAUCCCUGAGUCUGAGCUGGGAAACUCUGAGUUUUUGGUUCCAGAACAGCUCAUCAGAAUCAGCUCAAUCAACUCUGAGUAAGUGAGCACCAAAACACAUCGUCAGUAGAGUUCAGACAACAUGAUUUUUAAUGGCAGAAAGCAGAGUUAAAAGCAGAGCCACUUAUUUCAUCCCAAAUGAACUAUUACAUCAGCUGCAGCUAAACAAAGUGAGGUGUGAUGGGAAAAGACUGCAGAACGUGUUAAUAGGUGAAGUGGUGUUAUAUAAUGUCAUGAGUCAAUGCCUGUCUAAUCUACAGAAAAUAUAGAAACAUUUUCUAUCUUAACCAUGUUCAUAUAGUUAAAUAUAAUUUGCUGUAUCCUCUUAUUCAACUGCCCAAACACUCUUUGCUACAGCUCAAAAUCAAACACAAAGAUAUUGUACAGACUGGUGAGAAAUUUUACUUACACUGACGUUAUUCUGUCAAUAUUAGGCUGAGGUUAACUGAAUUCCUAAAUUGCUGUAAAAUGACUUCACAUAAUCUCCUUUAUUCUCAGAUGGAGCUAUGAUGGGAUGUGAGUCCCAGAAAUGCAGUCAAUUACACUGUGGAAUCUUUAAAUAUAUGAAAAGUAUUCAUAAAUAAGUGCAUCAUGUAUCCACGUAGAUCCAUUUCUUAAUACACUGACAAACCUGCAGUUCUGUUGAAUUCCUCCCUACCCUGGAAAUCCAGAGUUCUUGCGAGAGCACAAUUUGAAUUUGCUCAGCGAGUCACUCUGGCAAUCAGUAAUGAUGCUCAUUACCCAUGCCAUUGGAGCCGAGCUGCACCAAUCACAUCGGUGUAUCUGAUAUAGAUGGGCCAGAGGCGAGCUAAACAGAUGAUGACAGCGCUGCGACGACGAAGUCCAGAAUCAGUCAGUAAACACUGCAAGAUGGCUACGGAUGAACACCAGUUGUUUGAAACGGCUUUGGCCGCUACAAUGAACGAGUUAGACUUGGCUUUUUCUCUAAAAGAGGAACAGAAGACGGCGCUCAAGUCUUUCCUUUGCAAGAAGGAUGUUUUUGCUGUUUUGCUGACCGGAUACGGCAAGAGUCUAAUCUACCAGUUAGCUCCACUGGUAGCUAAGCGUUUACGUCACCCCGUGUAUUGUUCUGAUUGGUCGUAGUGUUAUCCACUUGUGUGCAGUGAUAUUUUCAAAUGCAUGCUUGGUGCCGCCCCUCGAGUUGGGCCAUUUGCAUUACUCGUGGCCAGACCCUAAAUCUUUCUAGAUUUUGGGUCUGGAUUUCCAGGCUAAGGGAAAACCACAAAAACGGGCAAAAGUAUUUCCAGAGCCAGAGACACUUUUCUUACGGCUCGACAAACAGUUACCUCACUGAUCAGUGUCUCUGAUGUUAGAAAGAAAAGAAUCAAAGGGCAGUGCAUAAAAUUUGCUCCAAUGAUAAUGUAAAUCCAAGAUGUGUAAUAUUUGAUGUAUCUGGGUGGAACAGGUUGUUAAGAUAAAUGACAGAGUGUGAGGUGAGACUGUGUCUUUCAUAAAGACACUGCUUCGGGGAGGAUAAGACAUCCAAACGGGGUCUAAUCACCUGAUCCUGACACAACAGCCUCUGAAUAAACUGUGCCUCAACGUCCACGACUUCAUUCACAAAAGGACACGCCAUGUCUCUCAUUGCUGCUACACGCUCAGCAGGCGAUCAGCCUCAGGCUUGGAUGAAGCAGUUAGUUUUCACUAAGCCCGCUUUCUGAAAUAGGGCCCUGAAUUACCAUCAAUUUCCAAUCCGAACUUAAAUAACAGACCCAACACACUAAAUCAUUCUGGGAAACAAGGCAGGAAGAAAAACCACAACUACUGCUGUUCUGCUGCAGGCGUGUGUCUCUAACACCCACUCUGCCACUCAGCUUCCUUUAUUCUCUCCUUCCCAAGUACUCUCAAGUGCCGCCCUGCAGAACGAGACAGAGGUAGAGAGGAGUGAAAGAGACAUAAAACAAUGACACCCACUAGAGUAUGCAAUAUAAUGUAUGCAGGGCCACACGUAACACUGUGCAAGAGUUACCCUUUAAAGGAGUGAGAAGAAGAAGAAGACAGACAGGGAGAGACAAAGAGUCAGUCUGACGCCAACGCGGCAAAUCCUGGUGGAGAAGCUGCUGUACGGCUGUCAGGGUUACUAUGGUAACAGAGGAUUUUUAGUCAUUCGUAACAGUAUUUUCAGGCCACCAGUAACUUAAGUUUGGUUUUUAUUUCAGUGUUAACAAAAACAGAUGUAACAGUAAUCGUCCUCUGACAGUCGGGCUCAGUGAGGUUGAAUUUUUUGUUUGUUUGUUGGGAUCUUUUGUUCGUUCCUCUUCUGUCUCAUCAAGGCUUCAGGGGAAAAUAUUACAGAGAGCUUUGAUCUCACUUGGUCCACAUCAUAUUCAGUAGUAUGAUGGAGCCACUCGGUGCAGAGAGUGACUCUCAGAGGGAGAGCCAAUCAAUACCAAGAACAAAAGACAGUGACGGGGAUGUUGUUCAGCAGGCAGGGAGCAUCCAGUAAGGAACAUUUUUAUCUUUGAAACAACCCGCUACUUCCUGCAGAGUGUCCGAAGUUUCCAACUGCACAGAUACACCAAUUUGUGUGUGUCACUGUCAGUGUGUGGUUCUCCUGGGUUCAAAUUUAUCAUCUGCAGCUGUUAUCCAAGCACACUGACCUGCUCCAUGACAGGUCUGUUUCACACUGAAGAUCAUCGCGGAGGUCGAGGAGCGAUGGGAGGACCAAUCACAGACUGAGACAGUCCGACUGUACUGAACUAACAUGAAGUUACACCUGUCAA